AACGUUCAAGAUAUCGCCACAAGCUAACCGAAUGCGGCGCCGGCGCACGCUUUAGACCUGAGUAAAAUUUUAUAUAAAGUGUUUAAGUUCGACAAUGGCGGGUGUGCCGAUAUUUCUGUGUGUUUGUUUGUGGUUACAAUUAGUUGCUGGACAGUAUGGAUUCUUCCCUCAACGCGCUGAGCGUCGAUACCCAUCAUUUGGAUUUGCUGAAAACUUCUUUCCAAAUCGAAAUGGAAUCAGGAACACGUUAAAUAACCUAUUCAACCCUCGACGCGACAUGCCAAAUCAAUACGAUCAGAAUAGACCGAUAAACCAAUAUGAUCAACAAAGACCUAUAUACAACGACCAAUAUAAUCAAAACAGGCCAAACAACAAUCAAUACGAUCAAAACAAUCCUAUGAACAACAAUCAAUAUGACCAGAACAGGCCAAUAAACAAUAAUCAAUUUGAUCAUAACCGGCCCAUUAACAACAAUCAAUUUGAUCAAAACAGGCCCAUUAACAACAAUCAAUUUGAUCAAAACAGGCCAAUAAACAACAAUCAAUUUGAUCAAAACAGGCCCAUUAACAACAAUCAAUAUGACCAAAAUACACCGGGCUUUAAUCCACCAAAUAAUGUUCGUUUUCCUAAUCGAGGAGGUGAAGAGGUACCAUAUGACAAUGUCAACUUUGAACCUGAACAACCCAAACCUGAAACUGAACGUCCUGUUGCAAAUGAACAAGAAAUGGGUUAUGACUUUCAGAAUAAUGGAGACAAAGGACUUAAUAAUGGUAACUCAGCAAACAAUGAACCUACUUCAUCUCCGUUUGGUAAUGAUCAAGAAUUUAGUCAAGAUGAUUUGUUCAGUAACAAGAAUGCAAUACCAACAGCCCCACCACAGUUUUCGUCGACCGAUCGACCCAGACUGACUCCAGUGCCUCCGUCCGAAUCAAGAAACAAUUUCAAUUUUGGAACGCAAGGAAUAUUCCAGGAAACAUGCACAACAAUCGAAGGUGGCGUCGGAAGUUGCAUAGCAAUAGCCUCGUGCCCGACCUACGUGAAGUUAUUGCAACAAGUCAGAACAAACCCGGCCUAUGCGCAAGUGUUGAAGAAAGCUCAUUGCGGCUUCGAAGGCAACUAUCCCAAGGUUUGCUGCCCACUUGCUACAAUACCUAAUAAGCCGCCACAAACCCAACCCCCUCCCGUGGCUACUACAAUGGCUCCUGUAACGUCUGAUGCAGCGUCCGGUAAAUCUCUGGCAUCAGACUUUCUCCAAGUGUUUCCGGCGCCGCCAGAAUGUGGAGUUAGCAACGCUUCAUUCAGUAGAGUGGUCGGAGGAAUUGACGCUAAGCUAGGUGACUUCCCGUGGAUGGCGUUACUGGGUUACAAAAGCAGAGGCUCUGAGACUCGCUGGAAGUGUGGCGGUUCCCUCAUCAGCUCUCACCAUGUGUUAACCGCUGCGCAUUGCAUACAUAACCAUGAAGAGGAUUUAUACUUAGUGCGACUCGGUGAGCUUGACCUCGACAGAGAAGACGAAGGCGCAACUCCGAUAGACGUCCUCAUAAAAUACAAAAUCAAACACGAAGGCUACAAUCCCAAGGCAUUCACGAAUGAUAUCGGAUUACUGAUAUUGCAAAACGACGUACAGUUCACAGAUCUUAUCAGGCCCAUAUGUAUACCUCUGACCAGCGACUUGAGAGCUAAAAACUUCGAGAACUACAACCCUAUCAUAGCUGGUUGGGGAGACACUGAAUUCCGCGGUCCAUCAGCAUCACACUUGCAAGUUUUGCAGCUGCCAGUUGUCAGUAAUGACUUUUGUAAAAAAGCGUACAUCGAUUACAAGGCCCAGGUGAUAGACGAGCGAGUGUUAUGUGCUGGAUUCAAGAAGGGCGGUAAAGACGCUUGCCAAGGAGACAGUGGUGGACCAUUGAUGCAGCCAAUUUACUACCCCCAAAAUCUGACGACAUACUUCUUCCAAAUCGGAGUAGUGUCCUACGGUAAGAAGUGCGCGGAAGCUGGCUUCCCUGGCGUUUACUCGCGCGUCACCAACUUCGUGCCGUGGCUACAACAAAACAUCUUAGGCAGUUCUUAACAAUAUAAAAUAUAAUACUACGACAAAUAUAUUUAGCUAUAAACUGAAAAGUUUACGAUACUAGUUGUGAAUAAUGAAGACGAGAAGAUGCUUAUUCUGAGCGAGCUCCUGCAGGUAAAGUGAUUGCCACAUCAAUCAUAAUAUCAGUAUCUUCUCAGGGGACCAAUUCUAUUAAUUGUCACAACGCAAUCGAAUAGAAACGUAAUCGUUGCCGAUUAACCAUUUUUCUGUUUUACUAACACGACCUGUCGCGGUUCCGUCGUAGUUAGAUCGAAAUAGGAUCGGGAACGUAUCGUUACCGUAAUAAAUUAUUAAAAUUGGUCCCCAGUACCUUUCCGUUAUAAUAAUAAAAACCAGAGCGAGAUGUGAAUUGAGUAUUUUCAUUAUCGAAGCCAUGACGUCUAGACUAUAUUUCCAUGACGUAUCUACAUUUUAACUUAGCUAAAUAAAUAAUUUAUAAUAGGGUUAUUUUUAUUGUAUUUAAUGAACACUUAUUGUAUUAAAUAUUAAGUAUUAAUAUAAAUUGUUUCUCAAUAAAUUUUUUAUACUUAUCUAUUGAACUUCACCUGUUUUGCGCAUAUUCUUACGAUUACAUUUGUUACGCUGUAAACUAGUGAGUAUAUUGAAAUAAUGUAUUUCAAACUUUCGAACGAUAACCGUUGACUCUUGUUAUAUAUGAUAUAACUAAUGGUCGAAAUCGGAUAAUAUAAACGACAUGUUUUAUAUACUAUUAAUCAACACGCGUCUGAAACCACAGGCCACAUCUCGUUAUUAAUAGGUUUUACUAUAUAGAGCAAUAAUUACAUUUAUUUAUUAUCUUCUAUCAAAUAUUUAUCUUAUUUAAUAAUUGAAGAUAUUUCUUCUUAGACAUAUAUGCGUUUAUUUAUAUUUAAUAUUAUAACAUAGAGCGUGUGGUUCGCUCACCUACUGAGGUUAUAUGAUCGUAUGCUGCGUCGAGCUUCGAGUUUCUUACAAUUUGUGCAUCAUGAAGCAAUGCUCAAUAUAGUAUCGCUUCAUUACAUUUCAGUGAUACUUUAUCUUGAUAUAUCAUGUAUUGAAAGUAUAUGAUUGACAUACUCAAUAGUUUUAUGUAUAUUGUAUUUUAAUCCAUAGGUAUUUAUUUACUGCUUAUAUACAUACAAUUGCUAUAAUUAAUGUAACAAAGACAGUGAUAUGAGAUUAACAUACGAGUACAUACACAAUUGAAAGCAAUAUUUAAUGUUGCAAUGAAUGCAAAUAUAUAAAAUAAAGUUGGUUACUUAUGUGUUGUCAACCCAUUUGACAUAAGUAUUUGUAAUUUAUUUGUUCACAACACUUGUCAUAUUGUUUGUGAUUUACUGAACAAUUGUAAACAGUUCUUAACACAAAAAUUGACAAUUAUUUAAAAUAAUUUUACUUCUGUGUUAUCAACACGUGUUAGUGACAAUAUUCUAUGAUUACAUUAGGUUAUCAAAUAUUAAGUACAAUGUUUUGUGAUUACUGUUGACUUCCUAAAUAAUUGAAAACACAAAAUUACCAAGUGUUUGAUAAAAAACGUAGAAUUAGCAUCUUUACAGUUUUAUACCAGUUUUAUAUAUUUUAUAAGAAAUCAAAGAAAAUGUUAACAUGGUAUUAUAUAUUUUUAAAUGUUUGUUUCGUUGAUCGAAAACAGAUAAUGUAUAAAAUAUUAACUAAAAAAAAGUUUUAUUAAUAUAAUUUAUCACACAGAUCAAUUUUAUAAAUGUUUUUAUUUUUGAUGUAAUUAAAUUAUUAAAUUAUA